AUGAGACCCAAAGACCCGCUACCGGCAACGGAACAAUCAGCAGUGGUCUACAGCAUACCGUGCCAAAAUUGCAAUGCACGGUAUGUUGGUGAAACGGGGAAACGCCUCUGCACAAGACUGCAUGAGCACCAGCUUGCAGUCAACCGCGAGGAUAAACUGUCACUGGUAUAUGGCCACAUGCAACAGGAGAAACAUAGUUUCGCCUUUGGGGAAGCAAGCGUCCUCAGUCGAGCCCAUGACAAGAUGGCUAGGCUGGUGCUCGAAAGCUGGUCCUCAGUUGGCACAAUCAACAGGGCUAUUGAUCUUCAUCCGGCCUACCAGGCGCUGCGUACAAGACUCCAGUCAGUCCAGACGGGGCCGACAGUACAGGCGAGGGAGUCGCGGCUCCUCCAACAGUUGUCACCUUCACAGCAGGGGGAAGGAGCCAGCCGGAGGUCACACGACGAACGCGAGACAUCGCCCCACCGGCGCGCCCAGACAGCCGAGCGUGAUUCGCACAUGCAACGGCAACUGAUCAGUCCAUCCGAUUAUGAGGUGAGGGCCCAUGAGCACACAGGAUUGGCAUCGAUUACGACAGCCGGUCAGGGGGCAGAGGUCACAGGAGCGCGUCAUUGGCUGCCCGCGGAGGAACCAAAGCCAAUCCCCAGCCAGAAGGCAGGUCAGAGUUCGUGCGUCAGGCAUGCUUAUAACACAAGACAGGCGGCGAGGCAGAACAACUUCGAGCAAGCAGGAACAGACACCCCACCACUCUGA